AAAAAAAAAAAAAAAGUUCUGAUGAGUUAAUUUUCAGCCAGAAGUAUUCUCAAAGCUAACUUGUGCAACUGCUGCUGUAAGGGAGGCAAUAAGAGCGAGCGGUUGGAAGAAGGGAGCUGCUGCCACAGCUGGCAAAGCUCUUACUCCUCAGACAGCACUGGUUUCUGGAGGCCUUCAAGCCUUGUAGUCAAGCAAAGUGGUGCUUCAGGUCUUCGUGCCCUUCCUGUUUUGCAUGUCCAGAUUCAUUCCUAUGUCUCCCUGGCUGAUGGCGUUUGCUGUUGUGCCCAUGCACCUGGGAACUUCACUCCUUCCCAGAGCAUCCCCCUGGCAAGUGUGGUUCUGUUCAGUGCACGGUUGACAGAUCAGAGACAAAGGAGAGCUGGAAUCUUAAGUAUUGAAAAUAGGUUUUACUUUUUUUUUUUUGUGUAUGUGUGUGUGUGUGUGUGUAUACAAGUAGUGGCCUGUUUCAAUGCAGUGGUGACCGAUGAUGUGAGAAAUUGCUUUCCCUCUUAGUUAUGUGCAACAGAAAAAGCCCAGGAACAGUCUUGUAUAUUUGGUGUACUCAUUUCACUGUGGGUGAAACAGAGGUUCUGUGGGAAGUAAGAUAUCCCACUUUGAAAGUGGCUUUAGAAAAUGUAAAAAUGAAAACACAAGAACAAAAUAGUAGUCUGAGCAAUUUUGCAUUCUUCUACUCUGAAGAAAGGUUAAGGGAACUGGGCUUGUUUAGCUUGGAGAAGAGAAGGCUCCGGGGAGACCUCGUUGUGGCCUUCCAGUGCUUGAAGGGAGCAUAUAAACAGGACGGGGAACGGCUGUUUGUGAGGGUGGAUGGUGAUGGGACAAGGGGAAUGGUUUUAAAGUGAGACAGGGGAGGUUUAGGUUGGAUAUGAGGAGGAAGUUUUCAGCCAGAGGGUGGUGAGGCACUGGAACAGGUUGCCCAAGGAGGCUGUGGAUGCCCCAUCCCUGCAGGCAUUUGAGGCCAGGCUGGAUGUGGCUCUGGGCAGCCUGGGCUGCUGGUGGGCGACCUGUACACAGCAGGGGGUUGGAACCAAAUGAUGCUUCUUGUCCUUUUCAACCCAGGCCAUUCUAUGAUUCUACUGACUGAAUUAGUGAUACUCUUUACUGCUGAUGCUAGGUAGAAAGUUAUCCUUUGAAAAAUUUUGCUAUAAAAAUUAGAAAUUUAAUUAAUUCAAAGGUGUAUAUAAAAUUUAAUUCUAACCGAGAGCUGAGAAGUCAGUCACUGUAUCUCUAGAGCCAAGCAAGAGCUGAAAUGCUUGUGACUGUUGUGCAUCCAGCUCCUGCAUUCACCAUCCCAAGAGUGCUGUAGGCAAGCCAGGGCCUCUCAGUGCACUUGCUGGUUCUGGUGCUGCUGCCUCUGUGUGGAGAGAAUGAGUGGGCAGCUCCUGGCAGCGGAAGGGGAGACAAGACCCUGGUGCAUCUGGGCUGAUUCUGAACAGAGCACAGUGUGGGCACUGCCCCUGUUCUGUGGUCAGAGCCACGCCAGCAGUGAGUGGCUCAUGAGUCUGUGUGCAGAUGGGCUGGUGGUGGCCUUGGGGGUAGCGGGCAGGGAAAAGGCUGGCAGGUGGACUUACUUCUCCAGGGAGGUGAGAUGUGCAGAGAAAGUGAGGAAAUGAGUACCUCUAUUCAUGGCAAUUUGUUUAAGGAACCACAAAGAAUGGAAUUUGGAGAACAAGAAGGCAGUCAGGAAGCAAAGAGCCGCGUGAGUAGCAGGUUAGGUAUGAAGCAGUGUUCGGAUAGCCAGUGAAAAUGCAACUGGUAAUAUAGAUAAGAAAACAAAGAAAAUAGGAAAGCAUAAGGUAAAAAGAGGAGAGGAGGAGAAGAUUAAUCCUUGUCCUUAAUAAGUAGUAAACCAUACGCUAUCUUUCACUGCGUAUUAAUGACCUGUUGUUAUUCUAAUGUGGGCAAAGUGAAUUAUGUCUUUAGCAGAUGGGAACUGGUUGAAUAAAAUAGAAAGUUGACUGCAGUUAUCAGUGCUCACAAAGGAAUUCUGAAAUUGGUAUGUUAACAUACAGUGCUGCUGUAGAUUGACAGUAGCAAAUUUGUCAGAUUGAUUUGUGCGUAUCAGUUUGGACAUGUUUGCUUUUGUUGUAGGAGGUAAAGACCCUUCCCUGGUGAGCAAAUGUUACUUCAGUUUGUGCUCACCAACUCAUCCCUGUGCUGUGGCUCUGCCAGGACACAGUUGGUCUCCUGUCUGUGUGCUUGUUUAAGUGCACUCCUGUGUGUGGUACUGCAUUUCUCGGUAAGGAUUAGUUUUGCCUUUCAGUUUUCUGCUUUGGUUUACUUGUAAUCAACUGACAUUUCCAGUAUAUGUGCUUUCCUGUUAAAAGGGCAGUCCAAAAAUGCUAAUUAAGUCUCAUCAGGUGAAAGAAGAUUUGCCUGUUACUUUAUGCUGACUUGAUGGAACUGACAGAGGGGGAAACACCACUGUCUGUCAAUACAAGGACCAUAAGGUGGGAGAGAGGACUGCCGUGAGGAAGCAAAAAAAACAACAAAAAAAACCCCCGUCCCCCCAACUUUCUGAACUUAAUUUUACCAAGAAGUUCCCAAAAUGAAAUCAAGUCAUAGUCCAUAUGUGUAUAGAGUGAAACAUUAAUUAUGUGGAUAAUUGUGGAUGCAUCAAGCCAUACGUGUAUGAGACAAACAUAACCUCCUUGUUAGUGUCUUGUAGUUGGACAUGACUGCUGCCUUUGAAGUCAGACAUCACUUGUUGGAUUUCAGCUUGAUAAAAUACUCUGGAGGCUUGCUCCCUAAUGGGAGGGGUGGCUGCCAUAGCCAGUAGGGGCUGGAAGGAAAAACUGUGAGAGAAUCUGCUUGGGUUGUUUGUGCCACACUGUGCCCUGUGGGCAGGAGUCGGCAGCAGACGUCCAUCCACGUUUCACCACAGUCAUGUUUAUUAAGGUACAAAAAUGUCUGAAUGGAUGUUCUGCUUCUGGCACUCUCUCAAAGGUUUGGGUGUGUUAAUACAGACUGUCUUUCAAAAGGUGCUGGUUGUGUUUCCAGAUCUGAUGUACCUUUUUUAAAGUACUGACUUGUAUUCCUCCUUAGCUAUACUUAUUUUUGUUGCCUUCCUGUCUGUGUGCUGAGACCAAAGCAUUCCCUGUGGGGAAGUGGAGAUGGCUGUGCUGGUCAGAAGAAAAUGCCCUUGGCAUUGCCAGCUGAACAUCUUCCUUGUGACUGUGGGGUUGUCACCUAGUUCCUGGGACAUGAGUGCUUCCGUGGCUUCCUGCUCAGGAUGGAUUUUUAUUGUUGUAUGUUUUGACUAGGAGAGAAGAACAAAUGUUUCACUAGUUGUUGAAUCCAAUGCUGCGUGAUUUGGUUCUAACAUCUCUUCUACAAAGAGAAGCUCAGUCCCUGUCAAGAUACCAGUCACCUGCAUCUUUAAGCUUUCAGAUAAACUUCUGUGAAAAGGCACAAAGUAAACGCAAAGCGCUGAAGUUAAAUUUUGCAAAUCCACCUUUCAAGUCUACGGCAAGAUUUACUCUAAACACUUCAGGAGUUCCUUUCCAAAAUCCACACAUUGAUACACAAGCAACACUGGGUAGUAAUCACAUUGUCUCGUUCAGUUUCAAAAGGAGAGAAGCGGACCUCAUCCAGAAACUUUCCAGCAGGCUACAAGAGAGACUGAGAACACACAGCAUUGAAUCAUCAGGAAAAUUGAAGAUUUCCCCUGAACAGCAUUGGGAUUUUACAGCAGAGGACUUGAAAGACCUUGGAGAAAUUGGACGAGGCGCUUAUGGUUCUGUCAACAAAAUGGUCCACAAACCAAGUGGGCAAAUUAUGGCAGUUAAAAGAAUUCGGUCGACAGUGGAUGAAAAAGAACAGAAGCAGCUUCUGAUGGACCUUGAUGUAGUAAUGAGAAGCAGUGACUGCCCAUAUAUUGUUCAGUUUUAUGGUGCACUCUUCAGAGAGGGUGACUGUUGGAUCUGUAUGGAGCUCAUGUCUACCUCGUUUGAUAAGUUUUACAAAUAUGUAUAUAGUGUAUUAGAUGAUGUUAUUCCAGAAGAAAUCCUAGGCAAAAUCACUUUAGCUACUGUGAAAGCACUAAACCACUUAAAAGAAAACUUGAAAAUCAUUCACAGAGAUAUCAAACCUUCCAAUAUUCUUCUGGACAGAAAUGGAAAUAUUAAACUCUGUGACUUCGGCAUUAGUGGACAGCUUGUGGACUCCAUUGCCAAAACACGAGAUGCAGGGUGCCGGCCGUACAUGGCGCCGGAAAGGAUAGAUCCCAGUGCGUCCAGGCAAGGCUAUGAUGUCCGCUCAGAUGUCUGGAGCUUGGGGAUUACAUUGUAUGAGCUGGCCACAGGGCGAUUCCCAUACCCCAAGUGGAACAGUGUGUUUGACCAGUUGACGCAGGUAGUAAAAGGAGACCCACCACAGCUGAGUAACUCAGAGGAAAGGGAAUUCUCCCCAAGUUUCAUCAACUUCGUCAACUUGUGCCUUACAAAGGACGAGUCCAAAAGGCCAAAGUACAAAGAGCUUCUGAAACAUCCCUUCAUUCUGAUGUAUGAGGAACGCACAGUGGAUGUUGCAUGCUAUGUUUGUAAAAUCCUGGAUCAAAUGCCAGCAACUCCCAGCUCUCCAAUGUAUGUUGAUUGAUAUUGCUGCUACGUCAAACUCUAGAAAAAGGGCUGAGAGAAAACAAGCUGUAAAGAAUUUUCAUCACAUAUUGCAGUGUUUUUAAUGCUCGCCCAGACACCAUGUGCAAUAAUAUUGGUGUUAUUUCCAUCCUGUCUGUAUACUGUUGUCACAUAUAAAGUGCAUCCCUGUAAUAUCUGAUCACACAGUGUUAGUGUUGGUCAAAGAGAGACCUCAUCUGCUCUUUUGUGGACAUAUUCAUGAAAUGUGGAAAUAAGUACAUUUAUUUGUUGACCGUGAUUGGAUAGCACCUAAAAUUCAUUUCUAGACUCAAAACUUGGAGACUCCUCAGCAGCUACUGGAAAGAUUUUUCUCUCAAAUUCUUCCAAUUGUUGUUUCAAGUAAUAAUAAAAAGCAAACAAACAAAAGUUAGGCGUUGUCUGUCUGAACAUUAAGAGACUUUGCCUGGAGGGAGAAGAACUUGCUUAACCAACGAGAUGCUUUGCCUUCUGGAGCUAGAAAGGCAAAGGAGAAUUUUAUUCUUCACAAAGUGCAAUAGAUUUACCGCUAUGAAAUUCUGUUGCUUUACAGUCGCAGCGUACUUUCUGGGGACAGUGUGCUCAGCUGAACUUCCUGUUAAAAGAGAGAUCAUGUUAAAUAUAGUGAAUAUGUCUUUACCAAAAAUAUGUCGCAUUGAAAGAGGCUAACAUUAAACUAUUCAGAGAUGGGACAUAAUGUAUUCUUUCUCCUUUUACCAAGCCAGCCACUCUUCGCUCUUAACUAGGCGUCCUGUAAAUUGUUACCUGGUAAGAUAAGACCUUUGAUCUGAAGAAUUAUUAAACUACUCAAUUGAAUUU